AUGGUUGUCAAAAGCGUUCUCCACAUGAAUGCAGGCAUCAAAGGAGACACUAGCUAUGGCAAUAACUCAAAGAAUGAUUUCAACUCUGUUUUCAAAUCCUUGCCACCAUUUUACAACAAGCUCAAGAGAGAGAAAGGAGAAGACGAUGAUCAGUUAGCACCUUGUUUUGUAUCAGGAGUGCCAGGCUCCUUCAAUGGAAGUCUUCAUUGGCUCUCUCAGGUGCCUGAAGGACUGGAGAAUAACAAAGGGAACAUAUACAAUGCCAAGACAAGUCCUCUUGAUGUAUUUGAGGCAUAUUCAAAGCAAUUCCAGAGGGACUUCUCAAGGAGCAUUGUAGAUCCCACCUGGGACGAUUGUUGCUUUGUUUGGGAACUGCUAACGAAAUCACCUCUCGAUAUGGUGCCUGAGGGGCUCGUUCAAGAGGAAGACAUUGAUUCAUUCAAUAUGCCUUUCUAUACGCCCUACAAGGAUGAAGUAAAAGAUAUAAUUGAAGGAGAGGGGUCCUUUACACUUGACAAGCUAGAAGUCUUUGAAGACAAACACAAGACCUUUGGUAAUGACUACAUUGGGAGAAUUGUGGCCAAAAGCAUAAGAGCUGUUGUGGUGCCUAUGUUUUCUAGUCAUUUUGGUGACUCUAUAAUUGAUAAUCUGUUUGAGAGGUUUGGGGAGUGUGUGGAUGAAGAACUAGAUGUGGAGAAGGCAAAGUAUUUUGAUAUAGUCAUUGCACUGGAAAAGAGAUAA